ACUGAUUCGACCUCUCUGCUCUGAAACUGAGCCCUGAAACAGCCUUGCCAUGGCGGGACGCAGUUGGUUGCUGCCUUUGCUGGCAUCUGUGCUGCUUCUUCGGUCGCUCUCCUUCGUGGGCUUCUUCUCCUCAACGAGUCCAGCGAGAAAACCAUCAGCUUCGGCGCCUGCGUCUUCCCGAGUGGCCUUGCAGGCGGAGGAGGAGGAUCUGCCGACCUUCUCCUGGGAUGCGGACGGGCCGCCCCCGUUGCCCGAAUCCCCUGAAGAGAUGGCGCAGCAGGCGGCGGAUGCAGUGAUGCGGGCGUACCGCGAUGGGAAGACCCGGCAGACGGUCCGGCUACGCCUGGACGAGCUCUUCGACAUGGAGAGUUUGUACGUGAAGGGCAUCCAAGCGCUGCAGAUGGCGACGACGCCUUUCAUGGAGGGCUUGUCCAAGAAGUUGUGGGGUGGCGACUUCUUCAAGGAUGUGAAGACCUCCGUGGUGGACGAUCAAGCCGGGACCUUGAUCUAUCGCGAAUCCGACAACGAGAUGCAGGAUAUGGCCAUGUUCUAUCUUCCAGGUCGAGACUUGAUGGCCGAGCAGAAGACCCAGAACUUCAUCCGAAGGAUGAAGGAUCGCUUGGUGUUGCUGGUGAACACGGAGAACGCCCAGUCCUUCUUCCGCGUGGACUUCAAAGGAAUGGACUGGGGAGACUACACCAACAUGGGCAAGGAGAUCAGCAACAUCUUCCAGGAGCAGACCUACUACUACGACAAGGCACCGUGCCAAUCGUGGCAGAUGACCACCUUUCGUGCCUAUCCCUACAACUGGGAAGUCUACAUCGAGGAUUUGGAUUACAACCUCGUCAAGGUCUGGGACAGUGAGUACAAGCCGACGACCAAUCAGAUCGAGGCGCGCUUGGAACAGUAUGAGAAGGUGAAUGGGAUAGAGGGAAAGGCCUACAAGAAGAUGGCAAAGAUCAUGAAGGAUACCAUGAAGCAAGAGGAGAUGAGCGAAGAGAUCGCACCAGGCUGGCGCUCGGCGGCCAGCCCUGAGGAAAUGGUGGAGCGACAGAAGCUUGCGGAGGAGCGCGCGCGGGAGGAGGCCGCCAAGUGGGAGCAGAAGAAGAACGCCUGAGCCGCGAGCCGGAGCUGUUGAGAGCGAUGCCGAAGAGACAACACGGUGACAAGGUGGAG